UGAUGGAUUCGGCUUGACAGAACAAGGUUAUCCGCCAGGGGAGAGUCCGUCCAUUUUCUUCAGUCAUUCUUCACUCACUCACUCACUCUGAGGAGAAGCUGAAGGGGCGGAGGGUUUAGAAGCAGCUCCCCGCGCGCACACCCGCCGCGCCUAAGAGCGCGUCACCGCACACAGAUAGAGGAUCACGGCAGAGGCGCAGGAGCCACUCCGAUUUCCAGGUUGCCGCGCCCCGUAGAAAACGGAAUGCAAACGACUCCUGCACGCUUGCUUGCUUGGAUGCAAUGCGCUUCAUGAACAGAGACGCGACUGAUAGUGAAAUAAUCGCGCUUGGAGAGGAAAACGCCUUACUGGCACUUUUCUGAGAAGAGGAAAGCAAAGCCCUAAAUAGGGUUUCUUUUGCAUGGACUACAGGGAAUGUGCACUGGAGUGGAUAUAACAGAGAAAAAGUCAUUUCCUUGGAUUUGUACGCAAAGUAAAUGAACAUUCGAACUUGAACUUUUCCUCCGACAAUGUGAAUCUAGCAAAAUAUGAUGCGCCUUAGAGUGAUUUUUCAAUGAUCUUCAGCACCGUUGGCUCAUUGAAGAUGCAGGUGCUGCUUUUAAGAACCAUAUUUCUCAUUGCUGGGUGUCCACAUGUUAUGCUGCAUGGAGAAAAUCAUUAUGCACACACCAAAGAAACUAGCAACAUCACUCUUAGGAGUUCUUCCGAUCCAAAUCCCAGUGCCAUGAGGCAUCAAGCAGGUACACCUGCCUUUGACAUCAAACACAUGCUUUUGGAAAGCAAAGGUAAACAUGAAUACAGACAUCUCUUGUCAAACAGGAUGCAUGCAGUCACAAAGAAUGGCAUGAACCUGCACAAGCUCUUGCGGAGACAUAAAAGGAAAAAGUUGAAUGGUGAGAUGUCAGCUACCAUGGGAACAGCAAGUGGACACAAUAACUCCAAGCCCUAUUCAAUUAGCAAAAGAGGGGACCACGAGAGAAACCACAGACGCAAAAGAGGCACAAAGGAGCACCACAAGAAAACAUUUAAGAGCAUAAAGAGGGGCCCGAAUAAAGGUGGUGGCCCCUUGGCACCACCCGAAACUUAUUAUAGCGCCCUGAGAUCAUCUUUAACCCUUUGGGAACCAUUGCCCAAACCUGUGGCUCUCACCUCCACAGAUUUUCCCUUUGAUCUCACCAGACAUACUGAAUUGCAGACCAAACAGGUAGAUGACCCUUGGGAUGCAACUCCAAUGACACCUCCAUAUGCUGAGGAUGAGGAGAGCGAAUUUUUCCCCAACCCUUUUUACCCCGUUACUAGCGAGACGUACGGGGCGUAUGCAAUCACUAUAAUUGCAGUCCUUAUUUUUGCUGUUGGAAUAACAGGGAACAUAGCAAUAAUGUGCGUUGUGUGCCAUAAUUACUAUAUGAGGAGCAUCUCAAAUGCUCUUCUGGCCAACCUCGCCAUUUGGGACUUGGCGCUGAUAUUGUCUUGCCUGCCUCUCGUGGUGUUCCACGAACUGACUAAGACCUGGUUAUUGGGCCAGUUCACCUGUAAAGUCAUACCGUAUAUUGAGGUGGCAUCCCUAGGUGUGACCACAUUCACCCUGUGCGCGCUCUGCAUCGACCGUUUCCGUGCCGCCACCAACGUGCAGAUGUACUACGAGAUGAUCGAGAACUGCACGUCCACUGCGGCCAAGUUGGCGGUCAUUUGGAUCGGUGCCUUACUCCUCGCUCUGCCCGAACUCCUGAUCCGCCAGCUGGUGUCUGAAAACGGUGACGGCACGGUAGACAACCCUACAUCUGAACGCUGCCUGAUUCGCAUUUCAACUUCCCUGCCCGACACGCUUUACGUCCUGGGACUGACCUAUGAGGGCGCCCGUCUGUGGUGGUGCUUUGGUUGCUACUUCUGCCUGCCAACACUUUUCACCAUCGGCAGCUCGAUCGCGACCGCCCGCCGAAUCCGUCGCGCUGAACGUGGCUGCGCUAGAGGCAACAAAAAGCAGAUUCGAUUGGAAAGCCAAAUGAACUGCACCGUAGUGGCGCUCGCGAUCGUCUAUGGCGCAUGUGUGGUUCCGGAGAAUGUGUGCAACAUGGUUUCAGCGUACAUGGCGGUCGGGGUGGCGCAGAGCACCAUGGCGUUGUUGCACCUGCUCAGUCAACUGCUGCUUUUCCUACGAGCAGCCGUUACGCCAGUGCUGCUGCUCUGCCUGUGCAGACCAUUCGGUCGUGCCUUCCUGGAAUGCUGCUGCUGCUGCUGUUGCAUGGAUGUGUGCGGAAUUGCGGCUCACUCUUCAGCCACAGCGAGUGACGACAACGAGCACGAGUGCACCACUGAACUGGAGCUGUCGCCGUUUAGCACUAUACGCCGAGAAAUGUCCAGCUACACCGCGACUGGAUCGCACUGCUGAGUUUGCGCUAUUUGUAUGUGUGCAUUCGUGUUUGAGUGAAUUAUAGUGCCAACAAUGCCACACCAUGUACUGUGAAAGCACACUCUUUUGUCGUACCCAUGUAAAUACUUUUACCACAUCUGAUAUGUUGCUCUUUUGAAGAAAAUAAUGUAGACUGAUAAUUAUGUAAUACAAUUUUUUGUAUAAUAGUUUUUAAAAUAUACAGUAUACAAACACUAAGAUAGUGACUGCUUUUGGUUUUAAAGUUUUUUUGCACUGCCAACCACUUUAGCUUUUUCGCCACUCUGUUUCCACAUUUACACUGUGUCUACACUUGAAGCGUUACGACGGCAUGUCAUCUCCAAAUGUUUGCUAACCACAGACCAAUGAGCUGUGAGCUCGAUGUAAGACUUCACCUACAGUAAAAUAUAAAGAUUGGUAAAGUUUGUCAGGACUUUGAUGUUGGCUUGGGACCCUGUGCUCUUGACAGUUUCAAAUAGUUUUAAAAGCUUUAAGUCAGGAUCAACAGUUAGACAAGCAAAAAUCAUUUAAGGCCAUGUUUUCGUUUAAAAACGCAUCUUUUUCUCUACGUUUUGGCUUUCCAUCCACACUGAAACUGCGUUUUUGACAGCAAAAACUGAGCUUUUCGAAAACACUCUCCGAAGAGGAUACAUUUGAAAACGGUGUCUUCGUGUGGUUGUGUGGACAGGGGAAAUGGUGAUAUCUGAAAAUGGCAACUUAUUUGUAGGUCAUGUGAUCCAUUAAACCCAAAUCUAUCACGAUGGCGGCCCAUGUUGUAGCGCGAUUGCCUGCUAUCCACUUUGGUAACGUAGUUAAAGAUAAAAGUUCUUUGUACAACCUUCACCUUGCAUUCCUUCAAAGGCGACGGGAAAUUUCAUCGGAAUUGCUGUCUGGUGACGGAACAUUAGGACAAUUGCAUUUCAGUCCGUACAUGGAAUGGCGAUUUCUUUGCAUGUAGUAAUUUUAAAUUGUCAUACAUUUCGGUGUGGACGAGAAACCUUUGGUAAAUGCUUGAAAAUGGCAGUGUGGACGGAGUGCGUUUCAGAAACAAAAACACAGUUUUCAAAUUAAUGUUGGUGUAGCCUACGAUAAUCAGAAAGAUAGCAAGAUAGAUAGAUGGAUGGAUGGAUGGAUGGAUGGAUGGAAGGACGGACGGACGGACGGACGGACGGACAGACAGACAGAUAGAUAGAUAGAUAGGACAGAUAGAUAGAUAGACAGACAGACAGACAGAUAGAUAGAUAGGACAGACAGACAGACAGACAAAUAGAUAGAUAGAUAGAUAGAUAGAUAGAUAGAUAGAUAGAUAGAUAGAUAGAUAGAUAGAUAGAUAGAUAGAUAGAUAGAUAGAUAGAUAGAUAGGACAGACAGACAGACAGACAGAUAGAUAGAUAGGACAGACAGACAGACAGACAGACAGACAGACAGAUAGAUAGAUAGAUAGAUAGAUAGAUAGAUGGAUGGAUAGAUAGGACAGACAGACAGACUGACUGACUGACUGACUGACUGACUGACUGACUGACAGACAGACAGACAGAUAGAUAGGACAGACAGACAGACAGACAGACAGACAGACAGACAGACAGAUAGAUAGAUAGAUAGAUAGAUAGAUAGAUAGAAGGAUAGAUAGAUAGAUAGAUAGAUAGAUAGAUAGAUAGAUAGAUAGAUAGAUAGAUAGAUAGACGGACGGGCAGACGGACGGACGGACGGACGACCGGACAGACAGACAGAUAGGACAGACAGAUAGAUAGAUAGAUAGAUAGAUAGAUAGAUAGAUAGAUAGAUAGAUAGAUAGAUAGAUAGAUAGAUAGAUAGAUAGAUAGAUAGAUAGAUAGGACAGACAGACAGACAGACAGAUAGAUCGCGAACAUUUGAACCAUUGGCCAUUCUGUCAAUGUCUGUAGAAUAAAUGUUUUUUAAGCUAACAUAAUAAAAUGUAAUAUAAAAUAUAUAUAUAUAUAUAUAUAAAAAAAAUAAUAAUUGGUAUUAAACCUGGAAUAAUUUUUUUACGCAACAUUAGCAUUUCUACAACUGCAUUAGAAACCAAAGAUUCAAAUUACAAACCCAGAAAUGUUAUAUUUAUUUAUACCCAAAGACCAGAAACAUCACUUGCUGGAUUAAGCCUAGUGUUAUUUAAAUAGCCUACAUGACUAAUGUAAUUCUUUACAAUAAAAUAAACGCUUGAUAUUUUUAUUUAUUAAAAAACAAACAUCUGAAUGGGGCAUCCAUCAAUUUCCCAGCCAGAUCUCAAACUAACAUUUUUGAAAAAUGAUAUUACGUGCUUCAUUACAUGCUUGCUUCAGAUUCGCAGUGAAAUGUCCUGUGGGGGUGCCAAAAGCGAGUGAAAUUAUGUUGUAAUCAGACAAAGUUUUUAAGGUGAAUAUUAGUUUAGAUUAGAUUCGUUUUGUACCUUUCUAACCUAAACCUAACCAAUAGUGUCCUACCUCAAAUGAGAGGUAAACCAACACCUAAACCUAACCGAUAGUAUUUUAAAAGCAAACGUGACAUGACAAGUGAAUUCUCUUAAGCAACCACAUAUUUUUGUGUCACUUCUAUGAUACUUUUGUCUCACUUGUUUGACUUUGAGUGCAAAGUUUAACACACUAUCAGGUGAUACAAACAUUACGAAAUGAUGCGUUACAGUAAGUGUGUUGCAGUCGUGAUUUGUGUGAAAGUGAAUAAAAAGCACAGUUGUUGUAGCGCCUCUAAAAUACAUUUCACCGAGAAACUGCAGCGAAACUUUGAGCGUGGCGCGUAAACUCAGUUUGCAAAGAUGUCGUUUUAAUAGCGUUCAUUCAUGAGACAAGUUUGCAGCCUAAAUUGCCGUUUAGACAGCUCCAGUAAUUAUAAAGGCAUUGAUCUAUUUUUGACGUGUUCAGUGUAGACACGGUGUUAAUGUCACGUGGUGUGUUUCUGCAUUUAGUAACGUUUCUCUAAGGUUUCUCAAUGGCUGUGUGUUGUGUGUCGUGACCUUUCUCUAUACGAAGGUGAUUCUUGUGAAUCGUUUUUGAAGUCUGUAGAGCAUAUGUGUGGGUAACUCCCCCUCCCUGAUAUGUAUGUUUCUUAUACCUGUAAACGCCCACACUACAUGCUCGUUCUAGUUAACGGUUUCUAAACGUUUUUAUAUAACCAAAACAAAAUGUCUCUUAAAUAAACCAAAAAGGUUUGCUAGAAGAAUGGCAAACUGAUAUAUUC